AUGAUAGUCAGGGUGGGGUGCAGCUGCGGGGAGUGUCCUGAGUGGACGAUCAUCGAGAUGCAGGGGGAGCUGGACGUCACGAUGCCGGAGGCGUGCGCGGAGGGCUUCGACGUGGGGAAGAUUUGCGUCAAGGGCGGCGGCAAGGUCCAGCUCACGAUCGGGCACCACCGGCUCGAAGGCUCUGUGGUGCAACUGCCCAAGCCACUACUCGUGAUGGCGCAGGUGCUGGCGCAGCAGGGCGGCGCAACGGAGUACGACGCGGUGGGCGUCGUGCGGCAAAAAGUCGUGUUCAAGGACCGCCCUUUCGCACUGAUCUCGGCGCCGGCAGCGCGGUAG